AUGGAGGAUCGAGGAGCUCAAUGGCCCGAGCACUGUGACCCAUUAGUCUUUAACACCAAGCCUUUGAACGAUGCUGGAUACUCUGUUUACUCGGCACCCUAUGAUGGCCAAUACAGAGACUCGGCAACUCAUGACCACUGGCCGUAUGGCACUCUUGAAAACCAGAACAAUCCUCAAGGUUUUUACCAAGCCAUCAAUGAGCUCUACAAUGUCGACGCGCCACAACAUAUUGGCUGGGCUACGGCUCCAUCCUCCCUCGAUCAUGGCUCCUCGGAUGGAAUAGGUCAGCAAACAAGCACUCUUCCGACUAGAGUCCCAUGGCCGGUCGGUCCGGUCUACACCUGCCCCGUGCAACAGAACAAUGGUACUCGGCCGCAGGAUAAUCAACCCAUCGAACGAGCGGCCUCUUUUCACGGCCAACAUUUCAACCCCUAUGGGCGGUUGAAUCAUUGGGAUAAUUCCAGGGAACGCGUCUCGACUACGGCAAACUCGCAAAUGCCAUCUCCACCGAGAUCAACAACUCUAUCCUACGGUUCUUCCAGUCCAGAGGAUAUUGUCUCGCCUCAGGAGAACCUCUUGCUCCAGAGCGGUUUCCCGUUGUCCGCCGAACGGCCACAAUCAACUUCGAUCAGCCCGACUUCUCGUGGCGCCGUGCCUCGUCAGCAACCUGAGAACCCUCUUCUGCCUAGUCUGCAAGGCGAUAGUCGAAUGAACAACAACCAUCCACCGUUUCAGAAGCAGGCCAGGAAGCAGUGCUUGAACUCUCCGACAAACGAGUCCAGUUCCCUUGAGCCACCAGAACAGGCAGGAAACGCUCAUCGAGUCAAAUCACUUGCUGACGUCUCCUCGAAGCCUCCCCUCUACAAGGAGUCAGCGCAGACUUCGAUGGAAAAAGGUAGCAAUGAGGGUGGUCGAGUGUUGGAAAUUGUCCCCCGGCCAAAGGACUCUGAGUCAAACAUCUCUAAUCAAGCACGAGAGCCAAAGUCAGCUGGUCGACGCAAACGCGUACUGACGGACGAGGAUCGGCGUGCCGUGGCUGACACUCGCAAGAUUGGCGCGUGUAUUCGAUGUCGCAUGCAGCGUCUCAAGUGCGAAGUUGAUACGGAAAAUCGCGACGGACCCUGCUUGACUUGUGCGAAAGUCGACUUGAGUUCUUCAAAAGUCAUUCAUCGCCAGCCGUGCAUACGAACCAAACUUGCCGAUGUCGUCCUUUACAAUGUCAACUACGCCGGUAUCAACACGAGGCCGGGUCUUCCCGCUAACAUAAUCGAUAUCGAGAACUGGUUUGACGAAGCUGAACAUGACAUCCAACUUGUAACGCGAGGACUGUGUUCUGUACCGAUGAAUAUCCGAGUUCGCAAGUUCGACAAAGAUUCCAUGCCGGUGGACCAAAUCAGCUAUUUCUGGAUGAACGAAGCGAAUGGCGAGGUCGAAGAGACGAAACUGGAGCCGUACGCUCUUGCUAGCGUGAGUUCGUCAAGGGAGCAGCUGGAAGCUUAUAUCGAGGCCAACGCGGUGAAGGGCUGGGAGGAGCAAGCCUAUCGAGGUGAUACCGACCAGCUCAUUUCGAAACACUACAAAGUGGCAUUAGAGUACUACAACGAUUGUGAUCAACAUCCAAUCGACCGGCGUCUAUUGCUGAACUUGUUCAAAUUCUGUUUCGCCCAGCGGAUCAUGACACGCCCUUCAUGGAUCUAUAACAAAGAUCCGAAGAGUCAAAACUGCCUAGGCAUGUCACCAGCGAAAGACGAAUUCCACCCUUUGAUCGACAGAAUUCCCACCCCGCCAACGAUGACCUCGCAAAUCCGCUCUCUGGCUCAUGUACGACUGGUCAAGCACCACGAGCAUAUUCUUGAAGACCUUGAGAAACUCUGCUGCAAAAAGAUUCGAACAUCCUUCUUCACAGUCUAUCUCGUGACGUUUAUCAUACUCCAUGAGCUUGCUGCAACCACGGAACACCACAAGCGAAGUCCCUUCCUCUGCGCUGCAAAAGAGAAAGAAGAUAGACAAGAGUCCUACCGGCAAUAUCUCGAAGUUGCGAAGAAGAGCGCAAACAUCCUUCUACUUCAUUGGCAAUACUACCGACGCGCUCCCGAAUCACGCUACGCUACCGACGAUUUCCUCGGAGACCAUGUUGCCCGAUGGUUUUGGACUGGCUUGGAAGAUAGCCAUGAAGGAUUUUGCAGACAGACAUGGAGGGACAUGAAGAAGGUCACGGAUGAUGGCCGUUGUCAUAUGCACAUGUCCCCCGGAAAUCCCUUUUACUGGAUAUCCCAGAUGUUCGAUAGCGAUUGGAGUCCGAAAAGCAUAUGGGAUCGCGUGGAUAAUAUCGUCGCCAAGCAGGAACCGCCGGCUGAGCCGGCGUUCAAACCGCGGAAAGCGACGAAACUGCGAUGA